AUAGAAUCAUAAUCAUCAUAGUUGGUUCCUGAUUGCUGAAUGUAGGCCUAAAUUUAAUCACAGUUUGUUUGUUGGGAAUUGGGCAAUUGGCGAAUGAAAGAAAACAUUCAAUUACAAAUGCAUCUCCUGGAUUUGCCGGGGGAUGACAUAAUUUUGAAAAUCAUAGAUUAUCUGUCACCUCAGGACUGGCUAAACUUUCGAUGUGUUAGUAAACAAACCUAUUUCCUAGUCCAUGAAUAUUUCAAAUAUAUGAAAUAUCUUGAUCUUUCUCAUCACAAAGUGUUACCACAAGCCCUAUGUCAGGUUUUACCUCAGCUAUGUCACAGCCUAAAAGUUUUUAAAAUAUCGAAUUCAAAGAUAUUCAAUGAUGAAUGCAUUAAGACCAUCAUACAAAAUAAUCACAAUUUGAAUCACCUGGACUUGUCAAAUAGUAAUCUUAAAAAUGGAACUCUCCAGCCACUUGUGGUCAACUGUAAAAAACUAGAGAAAAUUUUGUUGAAGAAUUGUGUUUGGUUAACUGUUGGAGCCAUUGAAAUUUUAGCCUUCCAUUUUCCAGAUACAAUCAAGGUAGCUGACUUUAGUGGCUGCACAGGCAUAAGUGAGGCUUCAAUCAUCCUAUUUGUAAAACGACAGCCAAAAUUGAUAUCACUGUCCCUGAGUGAUCUCUCUUGUCUGCAGGAUGAAACAUUAGUUAAGAUUUCUCAGUUUUGCCCACAACUUGUGUAUCUUGACAUAAGUAGAUGUUGCAGAAUCACAGACUCUGGGAUCAAAAAGUUUGCUGAAUAUUGCCACACCGUGCGCACGCUGAAGGUGGAUGGUUGUGAGGUCAGCGAGCGUAGUUUGUCUUGGUUGAGAUCACGUGGUGUUUGGAUUGACAAACCUCAAUAUCCUUCUUACCUGUUGCACCGCCUGAAUCAAAUUCAAACCUGGCCACGGACUCAGCUCUGAAAAUUCUUCAACGGGAUCUUCUGUACUUUCCUUCUUUACUAAUUCUUCUCCCCUAAAUGGCUCUGGGGGGAAGUUUUGAAACAGCUGAGUUCUGUCAUCCUUGCCCAAAUUUGAUUGUACAACUUCCGUGUUGGCAUAAUCAUGAAUUCUAAAAUUCUAGAUUUCCACCCCUAUCGGACGAUUACGUGUUUCGUUUUAAUCGUGAAUGAUGAACCAGACAGUUAUUUUUAGAUAAUGCCGCGUUAAAUUUGGGUUGGUUGUUUCUUUCUGUCUUACAACGCGUAAUAAUAAAGUUCUCAAAUGUCCAUCAAAUGUCUAUCUUGAGAUGGGUGUGAAUUUGUAACGUUUUGGGAUAAUUGGUAUCAAUUGACUACCACGAAACUUCCGUAGGGUUCGAUGGUGGAGGCACCAGUCUGGCGAUCGGUGAAUUGAUGUUGUAAAAAGAGCAACCAACAGCCGAGUACUCCACCAUCCGCCUUUUUAGAAACAUGGUAACUAUAAUCAGAGAAAAGACAAGUUAAGUCACGACGGGAAAAAUCGAGUACGUACCAUAGAAUUCUACUGCCAUUAUAGACAGUUUAUUAUUGAGCUUUUGGUGUGGCACAAAUACCAUUUCCGGGCAAUUUUUUCUUUAUUUGUAUGUAGUGCUACAUGUAUGUGUGUAUGGGGUGAAUAGAGGUAGGGAAACAACUAAUCCAAUUAGAUUUGUUAGAAAAGGAAAAAAAGUUCAAAUAGCGUGAAGCGUAGUUUGUCUUGGGGUUUUAGCUGAGGAAUCUAUGUACUAUUGGUUGAUAGAAAUUCUUAAGAGUAUUAAGUUGAGAAUGGACAAGAGAUCCCAGAAGCGUAAAAAAAUCUGAAAAACCAUCAGAAAACAUGUAUUUCUCUUUCAUACACCAAAGCCAAAAUCGGAUCAAAGUUCCGGGAUUGAAUGGAAGGGAUAAUUGCCGCUUGCCCGACAGUCUUUUUUUUUUUUCUUCUUCUUCUUCUUUCUCCUCCCACAUUUACUCCUCCUCUACUAGCAUCGCAUCAACAUUUCUUCACCUUUUCGGGUCGGAGGAGAGAAAAUGGGAGGAGUUCUGACCGCUUGAGUCGAGAGGAAGGAGAAGUCUCGUCGACCCCGACUACAAGUUCCAGUGCUAGUGUAUCUAUUGGUGCUGUCGAGUCAGUGACAAGCCACAAAUUGUCUCCUUUGCUAUCACAAGUGUUCCAACACAGAAUCAAUUUUAGUGCGUAGCUGACGGUAGUCGCGAAACAUCUGCUUCUUCUUCGCUCCACACUCCAUCCUCUUGUGAUUUUUGUGUCCAACAUUCACGAUGAAUUGUUUAGUUCGCUCGUUUUUCGCCUUGCUGGUGUUAUGCAAAUUUUCUACUUCAUCGGCUUGGUCUUGGAAUAAUCUGUUGAUGACAAGCACAAGGAUCAAUUUGGGAAUGGCGGAAUCGGUAGCGGCCGGCGCUGAACUUGCGAUGGGCGAAUGUCAAUAUCAAUUCCGAUGGGAGCGCUGGGCAUGUCCACGCAGCGCCUUCACCAAAAAGAAGGUGUUUAGAUCACUGAUUCGAGAGUCUGCGGCUCUCCACUCUUUCCUUUCGGCCGGAAUCACUUACACGUUAACGCGCAACUGUUCUCGCGGCCAACUGGAAGGAUGCGGAUGCGCCAACAUACAUUCUCAACAUCCAAACGAAUCUCCUUCAGCCACAUGGCGGUGGGGAGGAUGCAGCGACAACAUCAAGAUGGGAGAACAAUACUCUGUCCGAGUACUGGAUUCUCUCGAGUCUGGACAGGAUGCCCAGGCUUUAGCUAAUUUGCACAACAACUUUGCUGGUCGCUUGGCUGUUCGUCAUUCAAUGCGCCAGUCGUGCAAAUGCCACGGAGUGUCCGGCUCGUGCGCCAUGCAGACUUGUUGGAUUCAAUUGCCUCCAUUCCGAACAGUUGGCCAAGCCCUCAAACGACAAUACGACACAAGUGUGAGGGUUGGCUACAGCAAUGGCAUCCUACAGAUCGACGGCGGCAGCUCAUCGUCCAACGGCGCCAAGACCUCGUCAGGCUCGUCACAGAUUUUACGCGUCUCGCCACAAACGCUCGUUUACUUGGAACUGUCGCCCGACUUUUGCCGAGCAAACGUCACGGCCGGAACGAGCGGCACGAAAGGGCGGACAUGCUCACGAGACAAAGGUAAAGGCCUUUCGGCAUCUCAACGGCGCAGCUGCAUUCAUCUGUGCAAAAACUGCGGUCACAAAGUUAAGAAGCGCGUCGUCACUGUCAUGACCUCAUGCAACUGCACUUUCCAGUGGUGCUGUCAAGUCCAGUGCCAGACAUGCAACACAACGAAAAGUAUUUACUCUUGUGCUUAAAGUUGUCAAUCAUCCAAUCAACAUGAGUAUACUGUCGCAGUAUUAAUCAAAAAAUCAUCCCAUAAAUGUACAGAUAUAUUUCACUGAUAAAUUGAGAAACUUUUUCCUCUGUUUCAAGGCAAAUGUACAUAUUCCAGAUGGCCGGCUUACAAAAUAUCCUAUCAGUUUAAGUAUAAGGGUUGUCUACGUUUUGAAAAAAAAAAAAAAAAAAUUGAAAUUGCUCUCGGGUUGACACCUUCGAAUGGCCCAAUCAAAUAUGUGUGUGUGCACGCUCCUAGUUGUGCUAAUUUGAUUUGUAUCGUUGUUGUAUGUGUGAAUUUGUUGUACAAGCUUCCUGCCACCA